UCUGUGCAUAUGUUUCUUUUUUCUCUUCUUAUUUUCGUGAGCAUGAAUGAUUGAAUGUCUGUUGUUUGUCAAUGAUGUCGGUAUGUGAAUUGUGAAAUACCAACUUUAUAUCCAACAUCUUAAUGAAUGUAUUUCUUUUUAAAGAUUGGGAUCUCUAUAAGAUUUGGUUGUGAAAAACUAGUUCAUGCUUGUAAUCAGAAAUAUAUUUGUUGUUUCUAGCUAUUGUCCACAACCUGAGACCUCAUAAAAAGAAGAGCUACAGGUUUUUAACAAGAAAGCAGUGGAGCCCAAAGAAACUAACAGUUCCCAAGGAGAAUGUCAAGUCCUUGGGAAAGAGUGCCAGUCUGGGACUAAACUAUACAACUCUCAAACCUAAAUAUCCGCUAGCCUAUCCGAGUGCUAUCAAGUGGCGAUCCCCUCCUAGAUUCCAACCCACUAAUGACUUGAUAGUCCUGGUUGUUGGAGGAAAACAUCUAUCACCGAAUAUCAAACCAGAAAUUACACUUGAGCCAGACAGUCCAGAGGGCAUGGAUAAUACUAAAUCUGAAGCAUCCUCAGUCACCAAAGCCAACAUGGUUACACGAACCUCUUCCCGCGACCCUUCUGUGUCUACUCCAACCAUGAAGACCAGAACCAGUAAUUCAUCAGGAGGUAAUGGUGGGGCUAACCCCAACCCAGCUGCUCCAAGCACUCCCACUAUGAAGACAAGACAUUCAAACAGGGUAACAACCCCAAAGUCUCUAGGGAGCACCACCAGUUUGAUCGUUGGUGGGAGGGCAAUGUCUACACCCACCACACCAAUCUCCUCACUGUCUCCAGAGGAUAGUCUCAUCAAACGCAGAAGCUCAUCAAGAUCCAUCAAGAGGAAGAAGUUUGAUGAUGAGCUUGUGGAGAGCAGUCUGGUGAAGUCGUCUCGUGGUGGCAAGGUACCUCCGUCGCCUCUGACUCUACAGUCCACACCAUCUACAACUACACAGCAUCAUUCACCAACACCCUCCAAACCACCACCACCUGAACUACAGAGUACACCCAAGCCUCUACCAUCGCCUCCACCACCACCACCACCACAGGCUGUGAAAGAAGAAGUCAAGGUGGAAGAAAAGAAGGAGAAGGUUCCACCAAAGGUAGCAGAAGUCACUAAGGCUACCCCUCCACCACCACCCCCUCCUCCCAAGAAAGCCGAAGUUCAUGUCCCUAAGAAGCUCAAGUUAGAACCUGCUGUAACCCCUAAGCCAUCCAGACCCACACCUUCUGCACCCAGGCAGUCUAGGAUAGAGACGUCACGCUCUGCUCCUGAGAAGAAGAAGGGCAAAGCAAUUCCUUCCAAAUCUAGCUCUUCAAAGUCAAAUCGCUCAAAGAAAACAAAGUCCAUAGUUCCAUUGGCACGAGAGACUAGCCGUUGGACAGCAGAAGAUGACUUGGCAUUAAUCACAGCUGUUCAUCAGACUAAUGACCUUGAGCAGGUGUUUCAGGGGGUGAAGUUCUCUCACCGAUUCUCAAUGAAAGAGAUAGAGGAAAGAUGGUACGCCCUUCUCUAUGACCCGGUCGCAUCCAAAGCUUCCCAGACAGCGAUGAGAUUACUCAAUCCUGAUAUCAAGAUUGCUAUCAUGUCACAAGCUCUCUACUCAGAGGAAGAAGACAAGCUUGUUGGAACUGUCACUUCAUCAAGUCAACCUACAGUUGACACCUUCCAGGAGCUGAUCAAUAAACACAGUACAGUAUUCAACCCCAUGAGGACAGCCAAAGGAUUACAUACACACUGGAUGACCAUGAAACAAUAUCACCUGCUUCCAGACCAAACAGUUCAACCAAUGCCUAGAGGUGACCAUGUAUUAAACUUCUCUGAUGCUGAAGACAUGAUGGAUGACUCACAACUACAAGACCCAAGGGAUGAAGUCUUAGAGCAUGAGCUUGCAGCCUUUGAUAGAAGACAGAAGAGACAAAUCAGACAUCUGGAAAAUGAGAUUCCAAAAUGGCAGGUCCUAGUUGAAAAUGUCACAGGUAUGACAUCACAGGAGUUUGACAGCCAGACCCUAGCUGUUCUGAGAGGGCGGCUAGUCAGGUACCUCAUGAGAUCGAAAGAGAUUACCAUUGGUAGAUCAAGCAAAGACAACACGAUAGAUGUGGAUCUGUCUCUAGAGGGACCAGCAUGGAAGGUCUCCAGGAAACAAGGAGUCAUUAAACUCAGGAACAAUGGAGAGUUCUAUCUCGCUAACGAGGGCAAGAGGGCUGUUCACAUUGAUGGCAAACCAGUGCUUAAAGGACAGAAGUGGAAACUCACCAAUAACUCAGUAGUGGAGAUUGCAGGUUUAAGGUUCAUCUUCCUCGUCAACCAAGAUGUAAUCAACACAUUAAGAACAGAGUCCUCAAAUAUCAAAUGAUUGCACAGUGUGAAAUACAAUGAGACAGAUGAACGACUUGCAAUGGCAUUCGACAGAAUGGGCUGUGAAAAUUAUUCCGUGAUCAACAAUUUUCACCAUGCCAUCAUAUUGCAGUGAGAGAAGAACAGAUUCUUUGAAAGUUUGUGAUAUCUGUUUCAUGAAAACCAAGGACUAUGUCAUAUAAUGCGAUGUUUUAAAAUACCAGCGGAUUAUAGGAAUACUUUCAAAAUGAGCUGCUUUUUGUGCAUGCCGUGGCAACUGCAAGCCUGGAAUUACUACUGUUCUCCAUUCUACUUUAUUUCCAAAGGAAGAUUAAUGGUAAUGUUUGGAUUUGUCAUUUUUGACAAGAGUUAAAGUUCCCUAGAUAUAUGUACGUUUACAGCAGUGGUAGCUGUACAGGUAUAUAUUAAUGUUUUAUCACCAAAUGUGUAAUAAAUUCUUAUCAAAAUCUGAUAACAUGACAAUACCUUGUCCCAAAAAGAGGCUUUGAAGUUGUAAUGGUAUGAAACUGGUAUGAAAUAUUGGAAUUUGAGUUUUAAAUUGUUUGGUAAAUUCUGGAGAUGAAAGAUAAAUAUUGAUAUAUAACUCUUAACAGAGAUGCAAUAUAAUGGUUAGUUGGAUUCUUUUUGUGAAUUUGAUCAUCGUUCUGAUCAGUGUUUGCUGUUUCAUCAUUCCUUUCCAAAUUGCCAAGUUUGAAGUAUCUUCAUUCUUGAAAUUACAGCAUUGAUUUUAGCUGUGGAGAAGGAUAAUACAUACUUAUAUCAGAGAAAUUAAUGGAAGUCCCCAAUUCAAUCAAGAAUCAAGAAUGAUCAAGAUAUCUGCAGAAUGCUGAAAUAGGGUACACCAUGAUAUUGAUUACUUGGUAUUAUUUAAAUUACAGUCUGUUAAUCAAGUCCAUAUAAUCUUCUCCCUCAAUUUCUCUCAUUUUCCUGUGUUCAAUUUAUUUCUAUUGUGUACUCUCUCUCUCUCUCUCUCUCUCUCUCUCUCUCUCUCUCUCUCACCUUCUCCCUCUCCCUCCCUCCCUCCCUUCAAUAUUCUUAUUCUAAACAUCGUCUAUGAAGAUUUCAUCCCAGCUAUCCUGAUUAACAAAUUCUUUCUCUGUUUGCCUAAAGCUGCCUUUUGCAAUGCAUACUUGUAAAUUGUAAGAGCAUACAGUAUCAGACUAUCACGUUUCAUGUAGUUCCUUGUUUUCAACCAGACUUUGAAAUGCCAAAUCAGAAUUUGCAUAGUUUGGUGUUUAAUGAUGUUACUGUUUAUAAACUGUAUAUUUUGAUAUUUUGAAAUGUUGUUUCAUUUCAAAUAAACAUGUUGACAUGUUAAUUUUUUCAAAA